AUGAUCGAGGUGAUCUUAAACGACCGCUUGGGGAAGAAAAUACGCGUGAAGUGCAACGAGGACGACACCAUCGGGGAUUUGAAAAAGUUAGUCGCGGCGCAAACCGGAACCAGGCCGGAGAAAAUACGUUUGGAUGUAGAGAAGAAGAAGAAGAACUCUCUCUCUCUCUUUCUCUCUCUUUCUCGUUCUCUCUCUCUCUCGUUCUCUCUCUCUCUCUCUGUGUGUGUGUGUGUUCGCACAGCAGCAAAACGCGCGUUUAAUGUGUGUUUGGUAAAACUAAAAUUCCUUCUGCUCUUCUCUCCAACAAACAAACAAACAAACAAAAACAGGAUUCAAAAGUGGUACACGAUAUACAAAGACCACAUCACGUUGGACGAUUACGAGGUUAAAGAUGGGAGCAAUUUAGAGCUUUACUAUAACUAG